AUGCUCGAUAGUGUCGUUAGUGUCGUUGACAAUGUCGCAAAAUCUUUUCUGAACAAAAAUGACGGAAAGAAAAAAGGGAAAACAAGAUACUUUUACCAUCUUAGUCAGCAAGAGUUUAUAUCAUCUUUAGGGAUAGUCGAUAAAAGUAUGGUGUAUGGUUCACAAAGAGGCUCGUCAUCGUCUCGAAAUGUAGAGGGCGGAUACGGUGUACGCGGAGGACACGACGUCUAUGACUCGUACUCCAAUAAUGACAACUAUUAUCAGAAUGGCUCUUCAUAUCGAGGUGGUGGUGGAGGAGGAGGGUAUAGGAGAGGUCGAGGACAUUUGCUGUAUAAUGGUAGAGGCGGUGGAGAAAGAGGCGGCGGAGAAAGAGGCGGACAUGACAACUAUUAUGGGAGUGGAUAUAGAAAACCCUACCAGACUCGAGGCGGUGCUUAUCACAGUAGUAGACACGGAAGUUACAGUUAUGAAGGAAGAAGUCGAGAGGGAUCCUACUCAAAAUACGACAAGGUAGACGAUACAUAUGCUGAAAAACAGGACGUGGGCGUAGGGGACCACGAAAAGAGCGGGGGACACGUAUCACCGUUAUCAUCAUCGUCAUCGUCGUUAUCAACAUCAUCGCAUCAAAAUAAAAGCCAUAUACAGUCUCACAGAGGCGGCUACCGCAUGGGUGGUGGUGGUGGAACUUAUAAUGCGGGACAUGAUCCAAGGAACAGAAGUCAUCAUCUGGGGGAAUUUUAUAGGUUGGGAGGAGUAGUUGGGAAAAAUUCAAAACAUUAUAAAGAGUUUUUACAUGAUACUAAAUUGAAAGAAUUUGCUAAUCCUUGGAUCAAUAUCAUGGGGAUAACCGAUGAAGCCACACAAAAGACCCUUGAAGAACGAUAUAUAGAGUUGAGUCAAGUUGAAGAUAAGAUAUUGGAAUUGCAAAAGUCGAAAUUGAGAUUGGAGAUGAAUAUGUCAAGUUUGGAAAAACAAGCAGCAAGAGAAAUGUUAAAUGUACAACUAACGACGGAAAAACUAGAAGAGUUUGUAUAUAUAUAG